AUGGAUUUCAAGCUGAACAACAAUAACUCGUACGAGACCCGACGAACGAUAUUCUUCGAUAAGACCAUCCGAAACUAUGAGGACUUGCCGAGAGACUACCGAGACCAGGUCGGCCUUCAGUUCGGAAGCAAGGACCUAAGCGAUUCAGAGGUUGUGAAAGUGUUCGGAAGGGGCAUCAAUCCGAAAAGAGCGAACCAACUGCUGCGAAUCCUCCACGGACGUCGGGUCGCUGGGACUCUCGACGAUCCAGCCUUUUCGGUCCAUACAUCUUCAUACACCAAGGGUCAGAUUGCCAAGGGCCUCGAGUACCUACGAAAAUCAGUAAAGGUUGAUGAAGUGCUGAACGCGGGCCUCCGAGCUGAGGAUGAGCUUGCACAACUUGAAGUGGAGAAGGAAGCAGCCAAGAAGCCGAAGCAAGCUUCCAAGAAGAACAAGGACGAGGCCGAAACUGCAACCGCCGAGCCAUCCACUCCAGUUUAUAAGCCAGACCCCGUCUAUGGCCACAGCAAACUUGACGAACUCCGGGCUCAGAAUGUCGCAAAGCGGAAGGCGAAGGAAGCCCUUGAGGCAGAAGCACGGAAGGCAGCGGAGGCGAAAGGGGAGGUAAACUCUGGCACUCUGGCUAAUCUCGACCACAAAUCGGAGAGACAGAUCGCUAACCCCAAGAUUGCUGAAUACUAUAAGAAGGCACAGUCUGAUCUAGAAGCUCCUGUAGAACUCAAGCCCUGGGAGCGGGUUCUACCCUCCGCUACUCUCGUUGCUCUCGUCAUUGGCUUCCUAGCUGCUGUAAGCACCGUUUAUGAAGAGCCUGCUCCCCGGUACCGUGUCUUUCCCGAUAUCUCUACUGCGCAUGCGACACUGGGAGCCAUUGUUGCUGUCAACGUGCUUGUCUGGGCAGCAUGGAAGGCCCCUCCUCUGUGGAGGUUACUUAACCGCUACAUGAUCAUCGCUGUCGGUGCUGUUAAGCCAGUUUCUAUGUUCACUGCACCCUUCUCUCACCAGUAUUUUAGCCACCUGCUCAUAAACAUGGUUCCCCUCUUUUUCGUUGGAUCCGCACUACAUGAGGAUAUUGGCCGAGCCAAUUUGCUAACCCUCUAUGUGGGCUGCGGUGCGGUCGGCUUUGUGGGCAGUGUGGCUACAUAUGCUAUGCGAGGCAUGCUAGGCGUUACAACUUUGGGCGCCUCGGCAGCGACGCUGGGUGUUUACGCCGCAUACUUCUGGGAGCAUCGUCUUGAUGGCUACAGAUUCUUUGGGCUACCCCAAGACGGUGUGCCCGGCAUCAUUUUCCUGGCGCUCAUAUGCGUUCCUCAACUUGCUGCCUUUGGUAAGACGGCCAAGUUGCAGAUUGACAUCGCAUCGCAUUUGUGCGGAAUUUUGAGCGGUAUUCUCGGCAUGGAGCUGAUCAACCGAACAAGAAGUGAGCGGGAGAAAAAGACGAUCGAUGUGGCUGGUACUCCCGUCCGAGCGGCACGAUUGCCUCGACCUGAUGAGUCAAUUGAGGGAUCUAACUAG